AUGAACCAUGGACAAAAAAUGAACGGAACAGGACAAGCUCCGCGACGAGUGCGGCGUAAUCGAGCAAACGGUGCGGGCCGGCCUUGGAUUAGAGUGCCCGUAGGGUUUGCGACUACCGAAAAGGAUUGGGAGCCUGACUUUAACGAUGCCGCAGGUUGCUACGUUGUGCGGUAUCCGGAGCUGACGCCAAAAAUCGAUCCAGCAAAUGUUGGCAAGCUGACGUUUAUCAAAUGGGAUCUGGAUGAUGAAAACAUUCCACCAAAUGAACGCGCCUGGAUGUCUACUCAAUGGAAAACUACUUUGGACGUGAUUAAGAGCUUUGAGUGGAAGCCGCGAAUCUACUUCAACAUUGACCACAUCAAACUGGUGCGAAGCAAGUUGCGUAAGCAGGUCUCAAGCUUUGGCCAGCGGGACAUGACUGAAGAGGCAUUUCGAACCAUGAUAUCAAAUGCAGUACCAAGGAUGGUGUAUCAAGAACAGGAUCAAAUGCGAUACACAGAGAAGAUGCGGGAAAGAAUUGCUGAAGCUAUGGAAGUUUUCAAGGCGCAUUUGAUGAGCAACCCAUAUAUUGAGAAUUUGUCCGAAUUUUUCGAAACAAUUACUCGUUUGCAUUCAUCCCACUUCAUUCAUUUUGGACCAACCAUGGCUUUACGUGUACUUCAAGAAUACGAGAAUGACCUGCAGGAAAACAAGCCUGAACAAGAAUCGAAGUUUCAAAGAUGGCGUUUUGGAGAGCAUGAAGUCACACUCUGGAAGAUGCCAUUCGACGAGACGAUGGAUCACGCGAUUAACGAGGAAAUGCAGAGGCUAAAUGCCCAAGAAAUUUUCACGAACUUGAAAGAGGAGACCUUUGAGAUGGCUGUCCCAAACCAUAACUUCAAAAUUUUGGUUGGAGAAGGUGGCGAAUGUGACUUUCUUUCACCAAACGACAAUGGAUGUUCACUGCUUAUUUUGGGAACUCAAGAAGAUUGCUCUCAAAUGCUGCUUUCAAAAGAUAUUGGCGAACGCAGGAGUUUGACCUCGUUUGAACGUCGAAGAAUCCUUUGCGCACUUGGAGAAAAAGACUGCGUGCCAUUCAUUGUGCAGUAUCGAAACACGAACAAAGCUUGUAUUGGACGUCAAGAAAUCGAGAAGAAUGGAUUAUUGCGAUGCUUUGCUUGCCCAAAGGAUUUCAUUUUGGGCGAAUAUCACGGCAAUACACGACAUGAAGAGUCAGUCUCAAUCCUCUUCCGCUGGCAAAAAUCUCCUCCACUAACUACCAUUCUUUUGACGAUCAAAGAGCCUGCUUUGGUGAGAUACGCUAACGAGGUGUUUUCAUGCAAUGGUUUCCCCACGAAUAUCAAACGACGAUACAUUGACAGUAAAGAACUCGAAAUCAGAAUGUAUCCGGAUGACAUCAAAAACGAGGAUGAAGCAUGCGAGUGGGUUCGCUCGAUCUUAACGCCAGCUGGAGUCGAGAUAGAAUCAGUGAAGAUGAAUCGCUAUCCACCACAAGAAUUAACCAAUGAGGUGAAGCUUGAAACUUGCAGGGCUUUAUCAGGUCAUUUUAUCAAAAGUGCGAUGGAAAGAAAAGUAUGGAUUGAUGGCUCUGAAAACAAUCCAAAAGAUCAACUCGCUUUGUAUAGGUACAUUUUGGAUUAUUCUAAGCACAAAAUGGAGGUGCCCAGCUACUUGCGCCCGAUUUUUGAUGGAGUGCUGAAGAAAUUCAACGAUAAUCCAUUUGGUGAAAACUCUCAAUCGGACGCGCAACACUGGAUUCGAAUCUGUGAUCUUCAAUCUACCAACUUAAAUACAGAUAAACUCGGUGUGUGUGGAUGGCCAAAGAGUUAUGCGGAUCGAGGUUUUAAAUUUUUGCGCUCUUUGUUCAAUCCGAAGACUUUUAAGCUCCAAGACGAUGCCGAUAAUUGGAUAUUCUUUGACAUUGGUGCUGCAUGGUUACACGAACAACUUGAGCAAGAAAAGGCAAGGUUGGACUUCUUCUACGAUGUUGACGUAACGAGACGUACAAUUACGAUGUGGGGCCCACCUGAAAGAACGGAAGAAAUUUCGGAAACGAUUCGGCUUGCAAUUGUUAACAGACAUUCAAUGAAAGUGAAGGCUUCAAUAGCAAUUACUGCUCCACAAUACCCAAACUAUUUUGAUCAGCUUGUCGAUUACGUUGAUGAAUUUUUUGCUAAAGAUACUCCUGGAUUUGCUUAUCUCCUUGCAGCAAAAGAAGUUCCAAAGAUCACCUUUGAUGCGACAACCAUGUCAAUCGUUAUUGAUGGUACUGUUGCACAAUAUGAACAGUUACGAGGGUUGCUUGAUGAUCUCGCACAAACGGCUUUCAAAUCUCGGCACUUUGUGAUGGAGAACAGGCAUUUUUUGUCAUCGAAUUGUGGAAUUUGUCUAUCGCCACCUCUCCAUCAAGAUUAUUAUCGCCUUGAAAUCUGUGGACACUAUUUUUGCCGCGAAUGCAUCAAUAAGCAAGUACUGACAGACCAACGCAGCCCACGGCGACAACCCCUCGUUUGUGCUUAUGAGGAAUGUGGAGAACCAUUUGUUGCCAGUGAUAUCAAGCGACUACUUCUUGGCGCUGGAGGUGGCUUCACGUUAGAGGACAGAGCUUGGUGGCUAGAUGCCGAAAAGUUGGAAGCAUUCAUGUCGACAACUUUGGAGCGCCUUCUCAAUCGUCCGGGGUCGUCCUAUUUCAAUUGCAUUACGCCAGACUGUAGAGGAAUCUUUGAGCGCAAGAUGCAGCAGGGACAGUUAUCGAAUGCCGUAUCUACGUGUGACUCGUGCUCUCGAAAAAUGUGCAGCUUUUGUGGACUUGAAGAACAUUCGUUUAUGUCGUGUUUUGACUACAAAAAUCUCCGAAAUGAUGAUAGAGUGUCGGUGGAAAGAUACAUGACUUCUUUGGGACCAGACAAGGUUGCGCUUUGCCCGGGUUAUUUCUGCUGGAUUUGCAACUACAUGGGCUCAAAUGGAGACAUUUAUCGACACCUCCAAGAAGUACACAAAAGUGUGACAGAUCAUCCAUGGGUUUUCAAUGAAGAAGGUCACGUUAUUGCUGCACCACCUGGCGAAGAACAAGUGGCCUUGAGGGAGAUGGUGGCGCUCGAGAUGAAUAACAAUCUCCGUCUACGAAAUCCUCAAGGA